AUGUUUCCACUUACCUUAAUCACGACUGACACGGAUUCCUCGCAUAGCGCCUGGUUGCAAAAGCUUUGCCUGGCCUGGGUCCAAGUGACCCCGCCACAAGGUUCCGAGGAAGCUUGCGGGCCUACACAAGUUCGCGGGGGAAGAGACCCAGAGGGGGUACCUGCUCUCGCAACACCACGCCGCAGAGUCAAAAAAGACUACUUUGGAUUGCAGUUUACUGAUGUCAAUCAUGUGAAGCAUUGGUUAGAUCCAACAAAAUCAAUUAAAAAACAAAUUAAAAUUGGUCCACCUUAUACAUUAAGGCUAAAAGUAAAGUUUUACCUCUCUGAUCCAAAUAAUUUAAGAGAGGAAUUAACUAGAUACCAAUUUUUCUUACAACUUAAGCAGGACAUACUCGAUGGACGUGUAGACUGUCCUCAGCAGACCAACGUUGAAUUAGCAGCACUUGCGUUGCAGUCGGAAUGGGGAGAUUAUGAUGAUUCUCAACAUACAGCAGCAGCGGUAUCCGAAUUUCAUUUUGUACCGAAUCAAAGUGAAGAGAUGGAAAUCGAGAUCUUGGAGGAGUUUAAGACGUUGAGGGGUUUGACACCUGUUCAAGCGGAGUUCGGCUUCUUGAACAAAGUCAAGAGGAUGGAGAUGUACGGUGUGGAUAUGCACACAGUGCUUGCGAAAGACGGUAUGGAAUAUAGAUUGGGUCUCACUCCAACUGGAAUUCUUGUGUUCGAGAAUGAGCAGAAAAUCGUCUUAAGGUAG